AGCAAUUGGAAACAUUUCAGUCAUUGAGGGAGAGAGACUGAUACAGAGACAGACAGGCAGGCAGAACAGAGACACGAAAAAGGAAAGCAGGGAGGUCACAGAGGGUGAAGGCUGGUAUUAGUUAGACAGAGAAAUUUGCAAGUUUAAACUGAGCAACACUGAAAUCUGAGUUGAAUCCACCCAGACUGGAAACUGGCCAAGGGCAGGAUGCGGUUCCUGUUUUGUCUGCUCUUCAUCUCCCAGGUGCUGGCGGAUGAUUCCUGCCCUAGUGGACAAUUUACAUUGCAGGGUGACUGCUGUGACUUCUGCCCUGUAGGUCAUGGUAUCGUUAAAGAGUGUAACAUCACUAAUACUCAAUGUCAGCCUUGUGAGGAUGGUGUGACUUUCUCACCCAGUGCCAGCUUCUCUCGCUGCCAGCCGUGCUCAAGCUGCCCCGAUAAGAUGGAGGUUGUGUCCCAAUGUACUGUCACGUUUGACAUCCAGUGUCAGUGCAUGAAAGGGUACUACUUGCAGCCUGGUAGCAGGGGCUGUUCCCAGGGCUUUCAGAUGCUGGAGAAAUGCCGCAGGGACAAAAAUGUCAAGUGUGAGCUGUGCCCUGAAGGCUCCUCUGAGAAAGCAAGCCACUCCCAACCGUGUGCGCCAUGUCGGGUUUGCGACAAAGAUGAGUUUGUGCUGCAGGAGUGCCAUAGGACCUCUGACACAGUCUGCCUGAGUAAAAACUCAUCGCUGCUGAGGCCACAGGUGGAGCCAGUGAGAGACGAUGCCAAGUUUGUAAAUACAGUGGAACCUGCAUCUGGCACGGUCAACUUCACGGCUCAUGAUACGGGAAAGAACAUCAUUCCCGUUUACUUCUCCAUCCUUGCAGCAGUCAUCAUGGGACUUGUGAUCUACGUCACUGUGAAAUGCUGGAACACGUGUAAGCAGAAGAAGCAGCUGGCGAAAGCUCGAGCUGGUGAGCUUGACGUGGGACCUGAAGGUGAGAAGCUGCACGGUGACAGCGGAGUGUUUGUCGACACCCACAGCCUCCAUGAGCCACAGCUCAGUAAAGUUGUUUGUGCUGACCCAUCUGUCUACAGCAAGCUCCCACUACAGAAACGGCAAGAGGUUGAACAGCUGCUGGAGAAUCAGGAUGACAGCCGAGCUGACUGGCGCAGCCUGGCAUGUCAUCUGGGCUAUGAGGAGGAACGGGUGGCCACCAUUGGCCGUGGAGAGGACCCAGCUCACACAUUGCUGUCUGAUUGGUCGAUGAGGGACAAUGGCAACUUGGAUGUACUCUGCAAAGCGUUGAGGAGGAUGGAGAGGGAGGACAUCGUGGAGUGUCUAAAAUCUGAGUCAGCGGUAACCUCUCUCGUGUGACACAAAGAGCAGCACCCACCCUCAGCCGUCACGUGUUGAAGGUUUUUGUCUCAGCAGAAAGGGGGUCACCCCAGACUGAAAAUGUGCUGAGUCUCUUCAACUUUUUCAAAGAGAAAACCUCUUGACUAUAGCUAGGACAAAAUGGUGAGACAAUCAGUCUGGCUGUGUGGGAAUUGGAACGGAAUUUGUGAAACUGUGGAUGAAGUCUUGCCAUUGGCCCACAUCUUAGAAUGUUUUGAGAUGUGAGUUUUUAUUUGUUUCAUUUUACAGUAUCCUAUGUAUGAUCUGCAUGGGCAGAGCAGUCUGCUCCAUUUUACUGGUUUCUUUUUGCUCAAUUCCUCAUCUUUUUGUAAGGUGCUGAUAGUCUUCUCUAGUUGGGGUAAGCCAGGGUCUUGGUAAUGUUAUUGUACUGUGAGCUCUUGCCAAAUACCUAGAGAUCAAAUGCCACCAUUUCAGCUUCGGAGUUUAAAUUCAAUGAAUUGAUCAGGAAUGAAAGUGGUGACUGCGAAUCCAGCAGAUUAUUGUAGGAUCCUGUCUGGUUCACUAAUGCUUGAUGGGAAAGGAAUCUUGACAUCUUUGUGCCUCUCUGUCAAUGUGUUUUCAGACCUACACCCAUGUGCAUGAUUCCUGAUCCUGUGCAGUGGUUAGUGAGCCACUCUUCUAUUCAGAAAGGUAAUUCACCACCACCUUCUCAAGGUUAAUUGGGAAUGGGCAUUAAAUGCUGCAAAGCUCUGCUCCUGUGAACUAACAAAUUUUAAAAUAAAAUAAAUCCCUUUUUAGUGUCUUCUCUCCACUACCUCACUUCAGUGACCUCUUUGUCUGGGCUAGCAAGUGUCAGUGAACUCUUCAGCUUGAAACGGCACCACACUUGAGUCAAUUUUCUCAGAUGAACAAAGACUGUUGUGGACAUUUCCCACUGAGGGAUGGGUGGGUGCUACUAGACAGUAAGUAAAAGUUACCUCCUUUUUCCACAACAAAAGGGAGGAAUUUUUUGUUCUUGGAUUCAGAUAGUUGAUGUCAUUUUCUAGACCUCUCGGUUGGAUAUCCAGUUAGUCUACGGUCCUGGUCACACUCCAUGUGUAUUUGAGGUGUUUUAGCUGAUUUUUUUAAUGACUCCUUAACCAGGCGUGUGUGGGUUGGGUGCUUUACACUCAAAAUAACUGCUUAUUGCUGUCAUUCCCUGUAAAACAGUUACAGAUUUUUUUAAAAUGCCUGACUAAACAGUAAGCCUGGCUGCAAAAAUAGCUGAACCUUUGUGUUACAUAUGAGCUUUUCAGUUUUUGGAUAUGCAACUCCACUUAAAAUGACCAUGACCUUGCUGGAUGUGACAAUGUGGUACCAAUCAGGAGUCACGGGUCAAUGCUGCAUUAAAGAUGGAAAGUUGCUAAGUUUGUGAUCAACACUCCCUAUAUUCUAAGGGGGAGGGGGAGAACAUCAGCAAAUUUUCAGUCCCUUGCUGUCCUCCAUUGGAGUAUCUAUAAGUUCAAUGGUUUUGUAGUGGUCCACGGGCUUUCUCCAGGCCUUCUGUAACCUGGUGUAAGUCACUGAGAGAUAUUGGCAUGACUGAGGGCAGGCAACAGGCCAGAAAUCCUAUCUCCACCAUUGCCAUGACGUCUCACAACCAGACUAGUUUUGGCUUUGACUUGCACAGCAUCCAUUAUCAUAGAUCUGAGCAACAACAAUGUUGUCAUUUAAUAAACAGUGUUCACAAUACUAUUGCAUUGCACAAACACGUAAUCAGAUUUUCAUCACUGCAGAGCAGAAAUUGAAGAGGAAGAAGUGGCUGACCAUGAACCCCAGGACUGAGGCUGAGACUCUCCAGCUUGGAAUCGACUGCUUUUCAUGCAACACCACCCUGUUUUAUAAUUUUGACUUGUUUUGCAAUAGUGCAUGAAAGCAAGUGGGCUAGUAGGUGAUCUGCAGAGGAAUUUCCCCCAUCCAUACAUGGUCUGAAGUCACACAUGUUUGAGAACUAUACAUUAAUUGAAUCUUGACUGUGAUCCUUGAAUUGUAAUAUUUUGCCAAGAUUCAGAUGGUCUCCCACACAAUAUAUGGUUAUUUGGGUGGUUAGAGGAUUGGUGGCUUUGGAGAACUAUGUUCCAAGGCCAAAAGAAAUCAACCAAAAACUGACUUAUGAGGCACUAUUUUUGAAAAUGUAACUUACUGGGGGCAUGAGCAUGUUUUACCUUGGGAAUGGCAGACUUUUGUAAAGUGUUAGUAAACCCAAUUUGAAAACUGUCUGCAGUCAGUGCACUUUUCCUUAGUAUUGCAGGACAUGAUUUUGCAAGUCUCAAUCCAGGUUCUAGUGUGAAAACAGCAUAACUGACCACAGACCAGAACUAAUACAACUAUGGGGCAACCUACUUAAGGUGGAAUGAGAAACACAACAAAUACUUUCCAAUUUCCAAAGACAAUUGAGCAGAAGGCAGCAAGCAGUAGAACUUGCGAUCCUUGUUGACAUUCACCUGGCGGAGAUUUUGGGAGCAUUGUUUGAGAGUGUUGCCUAUGCUAUGGUUAGAUUUGAGAAUGGAGUGUAAUGGAUGCUUUUUCCCUGCGUUUGAUGCUUUUCCUGUGACCAAAAUAAAAACUUUACAGUGGUCGGCAUUGAGUUUUGUGCCCUCAAGUGGACAAAUCAGUCACUUUCUUUUUUAAAAAGAAAUGUUAAGGCACAGAAAAUUACAAUGACUGCAAUGUUAACUAAAUUAUCAACCUAUGUACAACAUUACAAAGUAUUACCAAUGAUUUAUUGUCUUUAAUGCCAAUUUAAGGCAAAUCAUUAUCUUUGUAUGUAUCAGUGUACUUUUUAUUGAUCAAGUGUAAAAUGAUAAACAUCUGGAAUUUUGAAAAGUGAGGAAUUGUCAGCUUACUUUGGCUGAUGCUGUUUUCUGGAACUUUCUCCUGAGCAGGAAGAGAUGAAGUCAGGGGUUUCUGCAUUGGAGUUGUUGCAGACAAUUUUAAUCUUCAUCUUCUUGUCAUUACUUAAUUGUGUUUGACAAAGAAAUUUUAUAUUCUUUAAAAUAAUCUUGUUAUUCCAAAUAAACAUUUUGAAAUAUUAA